GUCUAAUGACCGGUUUACGAUGGCCGAAACGGAUGUUCCGGUUGUAAUUCAAAAUGGCGCUGUGAUCGCAUGUAAACAAAACGGACACGGUGGAUUUUGUGUUUAAACACACGCAAAGAUGCAGUACAAUUCCGAUUUCGGUUGCUCGAAGUGCGAACAGAUGUUCGAUUCGGCGUCCGGUUUGUUGCAACACUACGCGUCCCAUGUCGUGGAGGAGUUGAUGUUGGAGGACAAGAAAAAACCCAUACCGGAUCUGUAUCCGAUUAAAAAAGGUGAUAGCGAGAGCGACUCGGGAGUGGAGGAUGUUAAUCCGCUGAAAUACUGUCUUGUCACUAUGGAAACUGGACAGAAAACCAGCGGGAAAAAGUACCAAUGUAGUUAUUGCACUAAGACCUUCGGUUGGUCGACCGAUUUAAAACGUCACACUUUAAUCCACACAGGGGAGAGACCGUUUAAAUGUGCAUCAUGUUGUUCUUCAUUCACAAGGAAUUUCCUGUUGCAAAACCAUCAGAGGAAAGUCCAUGGCUCAGGGAGGAAAAGUAAAGUACCACAGUUGAAGCCAUUGAAAGUUGAAUGAGUGUGAUAAAGUUUUCUAGUCAGGGAAUGUGCCAAAAGUUUAUCGUAAUGGGUAGUGUGAUUCUCCCAAAUUUUACUAGUCAAAGGGCCAAAGUUAAAAAUAAUUUAUAUAUUUAAUAAAUGUAAUUGUUCAUAGUAUUUUAAUAUUUAAAUGUACUUAAUUAAAUUAAAAGUGCCUAAUAAAAUUUUGUAAACAAA